AUGGCUAAAAAAGAGUAUAGGAGAAAAGCCAUUCUGAAAUGGAAAAAAAAUAGUGGUCGUCUUGAAAAAAUAGUUGAAAAGUUGGAUAUGGUUGCUUGUACUUUAGGAUUUAAGAAACGGUAUAGAAAAGAAGCCAUUAUAAAGUGGAAAAGAAAAAGACUUAAGAGUAUUGGCAAUAGACAAUUUUCAUCCACCAAAACAGUUGUAAGAACUUUACUUCCUCCUCCUAUGAACAUGACAAAAGGAAAACAUCUCCUACGACAGGUUAUUUCGAGUGCUGAUAUUCUUCCUGAUGUUUUAUGUUGCUCUUAUUGUGGUGCCAUGAAAUUUUAUUCAGAAACAUCGAACUUUUGUUGUUUAGAAGGGCGAAUUGUUUUAUCAACUAAUGAACUCCCGUCUAUGAUGCAUAAUUUGUUGACUUCUACGUCUGACCUUUCAAAAUCUUUUAGGACGUAUAUUAGAACAUAUAAUAAUCAUUUUGCAUUUACUUCAUUUGGUGUUAGGGCCGACAAUGAUCUGUCAAAAAGAAAUAUGGGUAUAUAUACUUUUAGAGUACAGGGUCAGGUCUAUCAUUUUCUCAAUGAUUUACAACUUGAUGAGAAAAGUGCCAAAAAUCUUCAACUGUAUUUUCAUGACACUGAAAAUGAAAUAGAAAACCGAUUUAUAUCUUCUCCACGGUUAUCUAAAGAGUUAAUUGCAAUAUGUAUGGCCUAUCUGCAACAAAAUCCUUAUGCACGGUUUUUCAGCAAUUUAAGAGAUGUUCCAUGUUUUGCUGAAUACAAGAUUAUUCUUAAGACUAUCCCCGGACAAGAUCAACAGGUGUAUAACAAACCGGAUGUUUCACAAGUAGCUGCUCUUUGGGUCGAAGGCGAAGACAAUGGGGAACAAGGUCAGAGGAACAUUGAAGUGAAAACACAUAGUGAUCAGUCCAGAACUGUUCAAUAUUAUUAUGGCUGCUAUGAUCCGUUACAGUAUCCUUUAAUGUUUCCGUUUGGAGAACUUGGUUGGCAUCAGCAUAUUCCGAAAAAAACUACUUCCCAAAGGAUGAAAAGAGGAAAAGUUAUUUCUGAGGCAGAAACACUCAUCUCACCCUGGGCUGCUACAAAUGUUGAUGAACUACUGGAUAUGGAAGAGAGUGUUUUGGGACGCAGUCUAGAGACUUCAAAAUGUGUUUCGAUAAGGGAAUAUUAUGCCUAUAAGCUUCAGAUACGCAGAAAUGAUAAAUCUUGCUCAUUGCUUUUUGGUCGUUUGUUACAACAAUAUAUAGUUGACAACUAUGUUAAAUUGGAGACACAAAGAUUAGCUUUCUACAGAACACAACAACAAGAGUUACGACAAGAAUUCCUUCAAGGGGUGGUGGACGCAAUGGCAAGUGGGGAAACAAAUGCUUCAUCUAUUGGGAAGAGAGUCAUUCUACCAGCAAAUUUUAUUGGUGGUCCGAGAAAUAUGAGACGUAGGUACAUUGAUGCUAUGGCACUCGUACAAAAAUUUGGAAAGCCAGAUAUUUUCCUAACUUUGACAUGUAACCCUAAUUGGCUUGAAAUAAAACAACACUUGAUGCCUCAUGAGGAAACACAAAAUAGGGCCGAUUUGAUUGUUAGAGUAUUCCAUGCAAAGCUUCAGCAAUUUAAAGAUGAAAUCUUCAAAAAAGAAAUAUUUGGAAAGGUUGUCGCAUACACUUAUGUUGUGGAGUUCCAAAAAAGAGGUCUGCCGCAUGCUCAUUUUUUGCUUAUACUUGCACCACACUAUAAGAUGCACCACACAGAAGAAUAUGAUGAGAUAGUUUGUGAUGAAAUACCAGAUAAAAAUGCAAAUCCUCAUCUAUUUAGGAUGGUAGUGAAACAUAUGUUUCACGGUCCAUGUUGUUCCCUUAAUCCAGACAAUGUUUGUAUGAAAAAAAUGGGAACUUGUAAGAAUUUCUAUCCAAAAGAUUUUUCAUCUCAAACAACUCAAGGUGAUGAUGCAUAUCCUUCUUACAGAAGACGUGGCAACGGAGUUAAAGUUAUGGUGAGAGGUGCUGAGCUCGACAACAGAUGGAUUGUUCCAUAUAACCCAUAUUUACUUUGUAAGUUUGAUUGUCAUGUAAAUAUAGAAAUAUGUUCCACAAUAAAAGCUGUAAAAUACAUAUAUAAGUACAUAUGCAAAGGAUGUGAUAAAAUCAGUUUUGUUGUUUCUUCAAAAGAUGAUGAUGAAUCCAUAAAUGAGAUUGAUCGGUUUCAAGCAGGUAGAUAG